CACUGAACGACAGGGUGAGUAGAGAUGGACGACUGUUACGACGUUUACGUACGACUACCAUACCCAAGAAAUGCAUUCAUCGAUCCUCCUGCUAUUGACUGGUCACGCGAUAAAGAACGACAGUUAUGGACGAUAUUAUCGCGGUAUCGUCACCGGUCUGACAUUGACUGGAAAGAGCUAGCGACACUGUUCAACACACCAACCCACUUCCUCCUACAACAAGCCGCAUUACUAUACGAACGCGAACUAUCACAAGUCCGGGAACAAAUGCGGCGAGUGGGGUCUUCCUCCUCACUGGCCAUGGCACCAUCUCGAAGUCGUGAGUCGAGUCAGAGCGGCGUGGGUAUCGCUGUCAGUGAUGUUGGCGUCGGAAGUAUGCGCGGAAGUCGUGCCGUAUCGUCAUCAACAGACGAGAUAUUCACAGUUCCUAUCCCAACAGCGAUGCUCCCCUCCUCCUCCCGCGCCUCAACCUCCUCCUUCCGCCCCGCUCCCGCUCCCUCCCCCUCCCCAGCACCCCAAGUUCCUAUAUUGAGCUUCCCCUCCUCCCGUCGCGCAAGCGCGACACCAACCCCACCCUUAACGGCCCUCCCAGCCCGUCUACGUCCCCCAUCCCGUUCGGGCUCUGGGUCAGGAUCGGGAAGCUCCUUAUCCGAUUCAUUGUCGCGACUCCCGCGCGAACCACCCGCAUUCCUCCCAUUAUCCGAAGACGAGCACGACACCGACAUCAAUGAAGCGCGGCCCACACUCGACCGUCAAAAGACCCUCAAAGCCCCAACUCCCGACUUCCCACGCCCUACCACCACACCCAAAAAGCAAAGCAACCCACCCUCCAUCGGUUCCAGUUUUUCGGAUUUGUCGGAUGCGAGCGUGAGUGUGUCAGCCAUGGAAGACGCGCUCAUAUCACAGGCACAAGCACAAGCACAAGGACAAGGGCAAGGGAGUAAGUUGAGUAUAUUUUCGGGGGCGGGCAGGAGUCGGUAUGUGCCUUGAGAUAUGAGAUGUGGGUUUAGGGGACGGUGCAGGAGAGAUAUGGGAGCACAGGAUGGAGGUUUUGGACAGGAUAGCACAGCUGUGAGCAGAGGACCAUGACCAGAGGGACCUUCAGUAGAAUGCACGAUAGACGAGGGAGAAGAAGAGGAAGAAGAGUCUGGAUUAAGGUGUCGUCGGGGCACGGUCGGUAGAGGCGCGAUAGGUGUAGGAACCUUCACAGAUUACUCGAUCCUUCAGCGGGAUGAAUAAAUAACCAGCGAACAAACGCGUAUCAAGAGAAGCACAGCGGAAGGACGAAAACGGCGGAGCAUCAACGUAACAUUUGGUAUAUUAUGGUAUCCUAGAAA